AUGGUGAAAGAUGGUGUAUGUAUAGGGAUUUCUCUCUGUGGACUUGUGGGGAAUGGGAUAGUCAUGUGGUUCCUGGGCUUCCAUAUGAAGCAGAACCCUUUCACCAUCUACAUCCUGCAUCUAGCUGAGGCUGACUUCUCUUUGCUCCUCCUGUUUUUUCUGCUCUUAUUGGCAGAUUUGAGCAACUGUGAGACAGUAUUUGAUAGUGUAGACACUACAAUUUCCAUAAUUUUGUCAUCAAUGAUGUUGAUUUCCAACCUGUCCCUGUUCGUCAGACUCCGAUGUGGCUCACAGAGAUGGCACCUGGAGAAACUCUAUGUUGCUGUCCUUCUCUAUGUGAUCUUUUUCUUUGCCCUUG